AUGGACGCGCGCCCCCUGGUGGCCCGAGCUGCAGCCGACAUGCCUGCGUGGGUACGCAAGGCGGGCGCCACACUGCGCCUGCGCCCCAAACGGGGUGCGUCCGGGGGCGGAGCCUUCCUGGGGAGGGGCGCGGCGGGGAGGGGCGCGGCGGGGCGGGGCGCGGCGCGGCGCGGCGGGCUGGCAGGGCGGAGCUGUGUUCAGAGGUGGCCAGGCUAUAGUUGUUCCAGCUCGCUAGCCAUUAGUGCGCUGGACUCUGGAGAAGAAGUCACAGACAGUGGCUUGCCUUAUGCCAUUGUCGUGGAACACCAGUCCCAGGUACAACUCUGUUCGACUUGUACUGCACCACCUCCAGUGACUCCAGAUAAGGCAAGCUGUGCUUGGAAGUCACAUUAGACCUCUGGUUGGUUCUCUGUGGAGCUGCUCCGUGGCCCUACAGGCUUUGACCUUACCCUAUGGGGGGACACCCGUGAUGGAGCAGGUGAUGCUUCACUGACAGUGCUUGGGCUGCUGAAGGGUGGUCCCACACAGCGCUGUGGUCAUUUUCAGGUUGGCAACCUCAUGCUCCACAUCAAUGGAGAGUCAACACAGGGCCUUACCCAUGCCCAGGUCUUGCAGCGGAUUUGUGCUCGAGGCCCCAGGCUGUGCCGUGGGCCCAGGUGGCCUCCUGACAAGGCUGAAGUUCAGUCCCCUAUACCAGCACCCACUCUAAAUAGUUGUGCUGCUGUCCCCAGAUCGCAGCUCAGAUACUGGAGCUCCAGAGAGGAGGUCUCAAGUGUCAACCUUUCCCCAGUACACCACUCUCAAUCCAACAGGACACCUAAGACCCGGGUCAGCCUGGAGCCUAGUGUAGAGGCAGUGGCAGAUGGCCCCUCGCCUCCUCCUCCAGAACUCAGCAACCAGACAGCAGGUUCUCCAGGGCCCUGGUUGGUGCCGAGCCUGUCUGAGAGGCUCUAGUAGGCACUGGGGGUCCCGGGGGCCGCCAGAAGGCGAAGGUACUAAGUAUACCUCAGACUGCUCAGUGCUUACUUGCUAGGCGAAGGUACUAAGUAUACCUCAGACUGCUCAGUGCUUACUUGCUAGGGUCCCACUAUCUCGACAACUGUUUCCUCUUAGUUGGAUCCCAGCUCCCUCGGAGCAGUCACACCCCCCUCCCUCCAAGACCUCCCCCCUCCCCAGAGCUUCUGGCUCCAGGCGGAAAAAGUAAUAAAACAAACUUAAACAAACCUAUCCUGUCAGAACUCGCCUGGUGCUUCAGGCGGGGUGGGGCUUCCCCAUCCACCCUAGAAAGGAGGGGGUGGAUUGAUCCGGCUUUCAAAGGCCCUCUUGGAACCACUGAUGAGCCAGCUGCCUGUUGUUUCUUUAGUGUUGCCACAUGGUUUCUUCAAUUCUGCCUGUCCUCAGCCCCACGUACUUGCUCCACAUUUCUUUUUUCCUUGCCAAUUCUAGCUCCUUCUCCACUCAUUCAUUUCACUCAUUUGGAAGUGUUGAGGGGGGUGUCGCACAUUAUUGUGUGUGGCUGGGAAUGCAAGUUGGGCCUGUAGUGGUACAAAGCACCAGUGUCCCCACUGUCCUUGCUGGAAUCACUUCAGACCCUCAGCUGACAGGGCAUAGCAAGUCUAGAAGCGUCUGGAGGUUUCCUUUGCCAGGAGUCUGUGGUCUCCCACUUCUGGCCUGAAAGGACAGUUUUUGCUGGCAUGUAGGCUGCCACCCUCAAAACACAGGCUGGGGCUCAGAAGCCCCCUUGGGACUGAGCUGGGAAGGUGUGAGUCAGCAACCUGGGAGGGCCAGGCUAAAAAAAAAGCCUGUUAAAACCUUUGGGUAACGCCCCUUUUCCUUAGAUGGUAAGGAACUUCAGCCCGGCUGGUGUGUACACGCCCUACUCUGGCUGUUCCUGAUCCUGGGAGAGACGCGCAGUUUCCCCCACCCUGGGAACCCAGAUCCACGGGCAGGGAGGCUAUGGCCAGCGGGACUCCAACCUGGGUAGCCCUGCUGGCCAAGGUCAGAAAUGCUUGGUCACCUCUGCUGUCACCACAUCCUGGACACUUGAUCCCAUCCCCGCCCCCCAAGGAGGGAAGCUGUAGUCAGAAGGGAACUGACAACUUUUGCCCCUAUGGGAAACAGACUGGUAGGGGAGAAAGAAAUUAAAGGAGUGUGAGUCUGGAGUGGCACUGUAAAGCUGGAAGCUGGGGUAUGCAUGCUGAAGAGAUGAACACUGGAAAGUUUAGCUGUAGACAUUGUGAGAGCAUGUUCAGGUGUCCAGCUCCCCUUGACUCAGAGGUCGGUGGAGGUGUGGCUCGACAGAUGUCAGGAAGGGGUAAUAGAGCCCCAUUCUCAUAAACACAGUCACACCCAGGCAACUAAAACUAGGAACCCAGCGUCCAUUUAGUCUUACCCCUGAAAGUGUCUUACUGCAGUAUUUUUAUCUAGUUACAUAUCUACUCAACAGCCCUGAUGUGUCCAUUUCACAAGAGGAAGAAACCGAGGCCCAGAGUGUGCAAAUAGCUUCAGGUAGCAAGCUAGAUUUAAUUAAAUCUUGAAAGCAAGAUUUAAUUAAAGCCUGAUUUUUCUUCUUUGAGACUGUGUCACUAUGCAGUUCAGGCUGGCCUUGAACUCACAGUGAUCCUCCUGCUCCAGCCUCCCAUGUUCUGGGAUUACUGAUAAGUUUUUAAUUGAACCUCAGUUGUAUACCUUGGAUUGGAAUAAGUACUAUAGUGAUGCUUGGGGAAUGAGAUACAUAUUUCUGUCCUUGUGCAGCUGAUGUAGUGAGGAUAGGUAGAUGUCCUACAUGAAAGACAAAAUGAAUAAGUAAAACAUUUCAGAGAAAAUGAGUUUAUGAAGAUAGCAAAAGGAGGUUAUGUUGGGCAAGAAGGUGGUGGGUUGCUGGUCUCUUUGAUAUAGGGCUGCAGCUUGAAUGACCUGAAGCCAGAUGAAUGAUAACUAGGGAAAGGUACAGCAGUGAUAACAGCAAGUAUAAAGGCCCUGAGGUGGCCAAGUUAGUCCAGAAAUGCAGGCAUUCCUUACAGCAUUGAAGAGCAAAGCGGGGUUCAUUCUUUCCAUUGUUUAGUCACUCUUUCACAAUCUGGACUGAAUAUGUGAAUCUGUUCCUUAGUUUUGAGGAACCCUGUGUUUGGGUGGGGGGAAGCAGACAGGCCUUGGGAUUGAACCCUCCUGGACUUGCAACUAUGAUUCUCUCCCUCAUGCGAUGAAAAUGAAAUCAGAGUUUAGUCUGGAGAAUGUAUUCAUCUGCAAAUGUCAACAAUUUUGUCAUCCAGCCUUAUAUACCAAGAACCAUUCCCAUAUCUUGCUGAACUACCAGCAAUAAACUUGUAUUCCCUC